AUGUUUUACGCUAAAUAUUUGUUAAAAAAAUUUGAUUCCCGAAUAGCAAUUGUGGUGAUAAGAACGGAUUAUAAAGAAUGGUAUAAAGAAUUAAAUUCAUUGUUGACCCAAAUUGAAGCCUUAAGCGGAGAAUACCAAGUUUUCUGUCUUUCGGAAACUAAAAUACCUCUGAAAGAUCUUGGGCUCAAAAUACAGACUGAUGGAGUAGGAUUUCUAAAUGAUGUUGUGAACUACCUGAUAGUUUGUGAAGAGGGAGCUAUACCAGGUGCACCACAAAAAAAAAAUUCAUUGAUGAUGACAUCAAAUGCAGUCAGCAUGGCUGCAUUAUAUAAUAAUAUUGUCAUAGAAGAAGUUGAUGCAUGCUGA